GGGAGCGCGGUUUCCGGAGCGCAGUGAAUCAGCACUGGGGCGGAGCUGGGCGGAGCGGGACCGCCGAGGGCGGAACGACGGGCCUGAGCUGUGCCGCCGACCUCCGCUGCCGCCGCCGCCGCCAACCUCCGCCGCCGCCGCCGCCUCCACCCGCGUUGCAACCAUGCCGCCCUACACCAUUGUCUACUUUCCUGUGCGAGGGCGCUGCGAGGCCAUGCGCAUGCUGCUGGCUGACCAGGGCCAGAGCUGGAAGGAGGAGGUGGUGACCAAGGAGAGCUGGCUGCAGGGCCCGCUCAAGGCCUCCUGUCUGUAUGGGCAGCUCCCCAAGUUCCAGGACGGAGACCUCACCCUGUACCAGUCCAAUGCCAUCCUGCGACACCUGGGCCGCUCCCUCGGGCUGUACGGGAAGGACCAUCGGGAGGCAGCCCUGCUGGAUGUGGUGAACGAUGGUGUGGAGGACCUUCGCUGCAAAUACGUCAUGCUCAUCUACACUAACUACGAGGCAGGGAAGGAGGAGUACUUGAAGGCACUGCGAGGGUACCUGAAGCCUUUUGAGACGCUGUUGUCCCAGAACGAGGGGGGCCAGGCCUUCAUCGUGGGCAACCAGAUCUCCUUCGCCGACUACAACCUGCUGGACCUGCUGCUGAUUCACCAGGUCCUGGACCCCAGCUGCCUGGACUCCUUGCCCCUGCUCUCAGCCUAUGUGACGCGCCUCAGCGCCCGGCCCAAGCUCAAGGCCUUCCUGGCCUCCCCUGAGCACGUGAACCGCCCCAUCAACGGCAACGGGAAACAGUGAGAGCUUGUGGAAGCCCCCCGUGGGAAGCGGGGGCUGCCUUCCUUCCUUUCCCCAGGACCAAUAAAAUUUCUAAG